ACACGCACUCAUAUUAUAUAUAUCUAAAUUCAGCUAAACGCAAAGCACCACAGACAAUACAAAUAAUUCAGAUAGCAUAAACAAUAUAGACAUGGAGAAUAACUUGCUAAACCUUAGGAUGACGUCCAAAAUGCUGAGUCGGCAGGCAAAGCGGUGCCAGAAGGAGGAAAAUAAGGAGCUUGAGAAGCUGAAAAAGGCGAUCAGUGCCGGCGGUACAGAGGAGGCGCGCAUAUACGCGUCCAACGCGAUCCGCAAAAAGAGCGAGCGGCUAAACAUAACCAAGAUGGCGUCGCGGGUCGAUGCGGUGGCCAGCCGAGUACAGACGGCGCUGACGAUGCAGCAGGUGGUCAGGUCGAUGGGAAUCACUGUCGUUUCGAUGGAGAAGGCGGCGCAGUCAAUGAACCUGGAGCAGAUAUCGGCCGUCAUGGACAAAUUCGAGCAGCAGUUCGAGGACCUCGACGUGCAGACCGGGUACAUGGAGGGAGCCAUUGGCGGAACGACGGCACUGGAUAUGCCCCAGGACGAGGUUGACAUGCUCAUCCAGCGGACAGCCGACCAAGACGGCCUGGAGCUCAAUGCCGAGCUGGCCAACAUCCAGGCCCCGCAGUACUUGCCGGACGAAGCGAGCUGAGCGAGCGCCUGGCCAAGCUCCGCGAGGCAUCCUAAGUCUGCUGGCGUGUGGGGUCGAUAUGAGGUUGGUGAUCGCUGAUCGCCAGGUUUAAUAAAUUGCUUUGACCAACCGCUUUGGACAAUACGAAAAAUUACAAUUCACUUGUAAAAUUUUUGAUGGCGCGCAGGACAAGCGCAGCCAAUUGCGCACUGCGUGGACACGGGUUCGGAGAUGUCUUUUGCCGUCACACAGGCCCAAAUUGGUAAAAAUGCCGAAGAAAAAAGGCCCAGCCUUGCCGCCGCACAGUUUGCGACCUCCAAUAUCAGGCCAGUUUUGCUGAAGCCGAGUGUCGAUCGCACCAAU